UAGGCAAUAUAAUAAUGGCUGUCAGUUUCUAUCUGAUGUCCUUAUAUUUUUAUAACAAACAAAUCCCAUAAAUUUUGAAAAAUGUGUACGGAGAAUUUAUGAUUUUGCUCUCUGAAAUAUAAUUUCAUUACUCCUUUGUUACAAUGUCGUCACAGAUAAUGAACAAAAUUAGAAAAAAUAGGUUAGAAAAAAAGAAAAAAACUAAAGGCAAUACAAAUAUAGAAAUAACCGAAAAACCCAAAGACGAUACAGUUAACAGAGUCGAUGUUGGAAAAGAAAAGACAUUGGAUAGAUUAGCUGAAGAAGAACUUUUAAGAGAAGCUAUAUCAGGUGCUAUCAGAGCUGAAGUAGCUGGACCAACAGGAUGGCUAAAAUGCCCUUUAUAUAAGACAAAUAAACGGUUUCUUAAAAAUACCUUGGCCUCGACUAUAAGGCAUAAUGGAUUCAAAGAUAAAAAAAUUGAAAAUUUAAGAAGAAAAAAUCAUGAGGAUAAAAAUUAUUUAGGAAAAAAGAAACUGGACAUCAUUAAAGAAUUAAACAAUGUAGGUAAAAGUUCAAAUGAAGCUCUCUUACAUAAAAGAACUGUAUAUGAGUAAAAAUACUGGUCUGAAAUAUAAUAAAUCAAAUAA